CAUUCCCGCCUGCAACUGUCCCUCGCGAGCAACAUUUUCAAUGCUGGCAAGAUGCUCGAGAGAGGCGCCGAACAACUUCAAGAGAGCUUUCAGGCCGCUAUGGCUGGGGCCAUGGAGGCGGUUCAGCUCGUCGACUCUCGAAAAUCAACCCAAGCCCCCUAAUGCAAACAAGCACUCUCCGAAUCGAGCCUAUCGACGUCUCGCCGUUGGAGUCGCACUGGGAGGUGGUCUAUACGGACUUUGGCAGGCAUACCUAUACUCGCUGAAACGCGACUCGUUCGUCGCUUACACGCUCACUGCAAAGGAACCUGUCUCCUCGACCGCAAGCAUAUUUCACCUGGUACCGAAGCGACAAAACCAGAAUUACGAGAUUUACAAAGAUGCUUGGAGGAGAGGUAUCUGGAACGUCCAGUUCAAGCAGCCGCAGCUCCAGAUAGUCAGAGCAUACACACCAUUACCGCCCACUGAUGAGAAGACUGCAGAAGAGAAGGGCGAAAUCAGGUUCUUGAUACGAAAGGAUCCAUAUGGCGAGGUCUCAAGUUACCUUCACAGGCUGCCCAUUGGCGCCGACAUCGAAAUGCGAGGACCUAGCUUAGAGUACGAAUUGACUCCAGAGGUGCGGCAAGUGGUUUUCUUUGCGGGAGGCACGGGCAUUGCACCCGCUUUGCAGGUGGCACACGCCCUAUUUGAAGGCAGCAGCCCUGCAGCAAGUCACGAAGCAAACAAAGACCGAAAGUUGCAUAUCUUAUGGGCAAACAGAAUGCGAGAAGACUGCGUGGGUGGCGUCAGCGAUGAACCCCCUGCGGAGAGGUCGCCUCCUAAGCCGACCUGGUCAGGCUUCUUCUCGAAGCCGAAACAGAAACCACUACCGCCAGUUUCUGAGAAGAAAGGUGUCAUCGUGCAAGAACUAGAGGCUUUGAAACAAAGGUACCCAGGCCAGAUCACGGUGGAAUACUUUGUCAAUGCUGAGGAUACAUGGAUCGAUGAAGACGCGGUUUUGCGGGCACUGUCCCGAUUUGAUGACAAGGACUUCUCGACAGGGUACGCAACGUCUCAGGAAAAGAGGCAGAUUCUCAUCUCUGGGCCACCUGGCUUCAUUGCCUAUCUUGCCGGUCCCAAGGAAUGGAGAAAUGGGAGGGAAGAACAAGGCGCCGUCAGUAAGCUUGUCGCGCAUGCCAUUUCCAAAAACCCCCACAAUGUCAAGGUGUGGAAAAUAUGAGGGAGACUCAAACCAUGAUCUUCGACCCACUGCCAUCCAAAAGCACCAGCGCUUACCGUUACGAGCUCCGUCGGACGUGUCGCUGAGGUUGACGCAUUGACCAGUACACAGAAUGUGAUGCUGAUUCCUCCCAGCCUGGGGUUCAGUGUCCAGAAUGACUUGGAUCACUAGUCGAUGUCAACACAGAACCCGGCGAUGGUUCUUUUCAUGUUGGCAUCCAGUGCUAAUAUUGGCCAUUCAACUCAAGGCACAGCCCAUCCCAUCAUCCGCGGUCGCCGUUGCAACAGGGCCAGCAGAUCUUUGACAGGCUUCCUUGGCAGCAAGAUACAUUGAGCGGUCAAUCCGCUGCUGUAAGGCAUUGCCACUCUUGGACAGUGUCGUAAUUGUUAGAGGAGCUUCAUAAUUCUCAAUCAGACUUCCUUAUCUCCUCCCAAG